UGACAAUGUUUAAAAGUAAGGUUUUAAAGUGGUGUUGUAAAAUGAUAAAGUAUUAUAGUUGCAUAAUUGACAGUGACACUGUAUUGCACGUUUUUGUCCCUGUUUAAAUGUAUAAAUUAUUUAAAGUGUGGCCCUGAUAAGUUUGAUGGGAAUUGUGAGUUAGUUUAAGGGUGUGGCAUGCCAUAUACAGAUCUUGCAGUACUGCACUACAGUUACACUGAUUCUUGGGAUACAAUGAGAUAUCCUACAGUUAUAGAAUCGGCUUUUGAGCCAUACAGUUAUUUGGCACCUUGUGCCCUACAGUUACAGUUUCCUUAUCUGACUUAACAGUCCCAUUUAAAUUUAUAGGGGCCAACAAAAAUAUAAUAAAUAAUUAACAGUAUUAAGAGAAAAUAAAACUUUUUACAUGAUGAAGGAACAAAAAAAAAAAACAAGGAUUAUGAAACUAAAACAUGUAUAUAUAUUUGUGCAUGAAUAAUAGGAUUUGGAUUAUUUCAAAAUAUUUGUUGUAUAGUUAUUUAUUAUUUGUUGGCAUUACUGUUAUUACAUGAAGUUUGAUUUAAAUGUUUAUCUAUAAAAAAAAAAAAAGGUUGAGCACCGCUAAGCAAAUUGCUUAGCGCAUUGGAAUUUAGUUUUCCUCGCGCAGGUUGUAGAUUUAAGGAACAGUAGAGCAAGAUCUGCAUCAAAAAAUUACAUCAUUGAGUAUCCUGGGGUAUAUUUUGUAAAUUUUUAUAUGAACUUGAUUGUGGAAAUAUGGCAUGUAUAUAAAGUUUUAGAGAUAAAUGUGUAUAUGGUUUGAAUUAGAUGUAUUUGAAUAUUUUAAUGUUGAUGUAAAUAUUGGUUAUUCGUAUAUAUUUUUGUGUUGAGAUUAAUGAGAUGGUUUAUGAAGUGUUUGAUCUAAAUUGAAAUUGUGUUGAUGGUGAAAGGAGUUUGGGGGUUAAGGUUGAAAUUGAUAGAAGUGUGAUAUUACUAUUCACAGGUGGGAUUAAGUUCAUAUUUUAGAGGAAACUCUGCCGAAUUUUUGGUUUUUUAAAAAAAAAAACAAAAAACCCAUGAUUUACAUGAUAUAAAAUAAAGGAAAAAUAAGAGAAUUGUUACAGAAUGUAAUAUCUCCGGCUCAGUUAAUUAAAUAACCGGGUAGGGGGUGUUACAUUUAGUGGUAUCAGAGCAGGUUUAGUCGACUCUAGGCAAUAUGUGGAGUAAUAGUUAGGUAUAUGAAUAUGUACAUGCCAUAUAUAUUCAAGAUAUGAUGUAACUCUGAUGUAACUCUGAUGUCUGAAGAAUUGAGAGAACUUCAAGUUGGAGAAGAAGUAGAAAGUCAUGUACCGACUGAGGCUACCGGCCAUGCACUGCCACAGGCUCCUCCUGGUGCUAGAAGGCCAGAGCAGGAGGCCUUAUUACAACAAUUAACAGAGAUUUUCAGGCAAGUGGCCGGAGUAGCUCAGCCAGCUAUAGUUCCUCCACCGGCUCCUGCACCAGCACCAGCUAGGUCGCCUAUCGAUAAAUUGAGAAAAUAUGGUGCCACAGAAUUCAAAGGACGAAAGGAAGAUGAUGCAUCCACAGCAGAAUAUUGGUUGCAAAGUACAGACAGGGUGCUUCAGCAGCUACAGUGUUCCCCAGAAGAUAGUCUACUAUGUGCAGUGUCACUACUGAAAGAAGAAGCCUACCAAUGGUGGGAUACUGUGGCACAGACAGUGCAACCAAUGCAGAGGACAUGGGAAUUUUUCUUGAAUGAGUUCAGGAAAAGAUACGUAGGAGACAUAUAUAUGGAGGAGAGAAAAGGGGAGUUUAUCUAUUUGAGGCAGGGACGUAUGACAGUAGCUGAGUAUGAAAGGGAGUUUAUUCGAUUGAGCAGAUAUGCCAGGGAGAUGAUUCCUACAGAGGAGGCAAAAUGUAAAAGAUUUGAGCAAGGGUUAAACACUGAGAUCAGGAUGCUUCUAGUUGCUCUUCAGAUCAGAGAUUUUUCAGCACUGGUGAAUGCAGCUUUAAAUGUAGAGAAAGUGAGGGAAGAAGACCAGAGUAGAAGACAGAGGAGUCAGCAAAAAAGGACUCACAGUCAGAGUUAGAGUCAAGGGCAAAUGAUAGCUUCACAGGGCUCUAGUAAGAGACAGAAAAGUUUUCAACCUGCUAGAUCAAGCCAGUCUCAAUGGCAAGGCUAAAAAUCAGCUCAGAGUUUAGCAAGUGGGUCUGUUCAACAGACUGCUUCUGUGGCCAGUUCAGGAGGCUCAGGAAGAAAUCUUCCACCAGAGUGCAACCAUUGCAGAAGGAGACAUACUGGUACUUGCAGACUGCUGACAGGAGCCUGUUUCAUAUGUGGGUCUAUGGAUCACAUUAUGAGGGAUUGUCCUAAGAAGCAGACAGCCUCAACACCAGCAACUGAAAGAACUGCACCAGUAACUCAGAAGACAAGAAGCAAAGGUAGAAGUGAGCCGACAGGUACCUCUAGUCAAAGAGUGUCAGAGACUGUGGAUAGACCGGAAUCUAGAGCACCUGCCAGAGCCUAUGCCAUCAAAGCCAGAGAGGAUCAGGAUUCCCCAGAUGUUAUCAUGGUGGAAAGGAAAAGUGAAAGUUCCAAAGGGAAAGAAAAGGAAGAGUAGAGAAGUAAAGCUUGUAGAAUAUUUUGGAAAUUCUAAGGUUUGUGCUCAACCCCAUUUGAAUCAAUUCAAGAAUUUAUUAAUUAGGUUUUAUUUGAAAUUUUACUACCCUAAUAGAAAGACCAAGUGAAUAAUAGAUUAAUUAUAUUUGUAUAAUAAAAGUUUGAGAAAUAAUAGAUUUAAUAGAUAGAAAAUUUUAAAAUUAAUAUGUAAUUUAAUCACAAAUUAGGUUAUGGAACAAAUGAAAUGACUUAUAUUCUUGGAUAGAAAAAGAAUUUGGUUAGAUAUAGGAACAAGAAAAAAAAGAAGAAGAAGAAAGAAUUUUAGAAAAAAAAAAAGAAGAGAAAGAUAUUAGAUUAGAUGACAAAAAAAUAUAUAGAAAUUAAAGGAAUAAGAAAAGUGAGAUAUAGUGUAAAUAUGAUGUUUAAAAAUAAUAAUAAGAAUGUGAGAUACAAAUAGAAAUUCAAAGAAAAAAAAAUGAAAUAAGGUAUAUUGUGAUAAAUAAAUAAGUAAAAAGAAAAAAAAAUUAUAUUAAAAAAAAUAAAUAAUAAUAAUAAUUAAAAAGAAUAAUAAUGAAUUAAUUAAGGAUUAAAGUAUGAAUUUAUAAUUUAUGUAGGUAUAUUAAAUUAAUAGAAUUAUAUAAUAUGACAAUGUUUAAAAGUAAGGUUUUAAAGUGGUGUUGUAAAAUGAUAAAGUAUUAUAGUUGCAUAAUUGACAGUGACACUGUAUUGCACGUUUUUGUCCCUGUUUAAAUGUAUAAAUUAUUUAAAGUGUGGCCCUGAUAAGUUUGAUGGGAAUUGUGAGUUAGUUUAAGGGUGUGGCAUGCCAUAUACAGAUCUUGCAGUACUGCACUACAGUUACACUGAUUCUUGGGAUACAAUGAGAUAUCCUACAGUUAUAGAAUCGGCUUUUGAGCCAUACAGUUAUUUGGCACCUUGUGCCCUACAGUUACAGUUUCCUUAUCUGACUUAACAGUCCCAUUUAAAUUUAUAGGGGCCAACAAAAAUAUAAUAAAUAAUUAACAGUAUUAAGAGAAAAUAAAACUUUUUACAUGAUGAAGGAACAAAAAAAAAAAACAAGGAUUAUGAAACUAAAACAUGUAUAUAUAUUUGUGCAUGAAUAAUAGGAUUUGGAUUAUUUCAAAAUAUUUGUUGUAUAGUUAUUUAUUAUUUGUUGGCAUUACUGUUAUUACAUGAAGUUUGAUUUAAAUGUUUAUCUAUAAAAAAAAAAAAAAGGUUGAGCACCGCUAAGCAAAUUGCUUAGCGCGUUGGAAUUUAGUUUUCCUCGCGCAGGUUGUAGAUUUAAGGAACAGUAGAGCAAGAUCUGCAUCAAAAAAUUACAUCAUUGAGUAUCCUGGGGUAUAUUUUGUAAAUUUUUAUAUGAACUUGAUUGUGGAAAUAUGGCAUGUAUAUAAAGUUUUAGAGAUAAAUGUGUAUAUGGUUUGAAUUAGAUGUAUUUGAAUAUUUUAAUGUUGAUGUAAAUAUUGGUUAUUCGUAUAUAUUUUUGUGUUGAGAUUAA